UAUAUUCGAAAUUCUUGUGCCCAGGUUCCUUCCCAGUAGUUAAUGGAGGCUAGACAGGCCUUGGUCAUCUACUUUAAAGCGACAGAAAAUCGUUCAACCAGAACUGCAAUCAAUAGCACGGCCAUAUUCUCUCUGCCUAUCCAUUUAGGCUAGUUGCAGACAAUUGUCUUUCAUCGCCUCCUCAAUGGCAUCAACACCUAGUGAUGGUGAAGUAGCUGUUUUCACAGACACAAACAUGGACACUCACAUUGCCAUGGGCAUCUCUCCUGACAUCACUGUUGCUGAUUUCAAGAGGAAUAUAAUUUGAGGGAUCUAUAGCUCUGAUGAGUGGUGAUGAGUGGUCCCAAAGUGGUGAUGUCUGUGUCGGUAAGUAACUCCAUGCAUUUACUCUAUGGUGCAUAAAGAUCAUUUCUUUUGUUAGAUAUUGAUUAUUUUAUGAGGUCAGCCUAAUUGUUGAUGACACAAUCAUGUCGGCAAUUCAAAAGAGAUUAAUUUGUUAGAUAUGUAGUGGUGGAUUACAAGGCAAGAGGUAGCCUUUAGGAGGUGAAGUGGAGACACCAUACUUUAAUCAUGAAAGUUUGUACAUAAAUUGGAUGGCUUCAGAGUUUUGAAGCUCAAUCAUUUUGUACCAUGAAUAGAGGUUUAAUGCUUGCAUUUAUGUCAUUGAUUUAUCCUACCUGAUGUUCUCAUCAGUAUUCAGCGUUUGUAUACUUAAAUGGGGUGUUUUACAGGCAAACGUAGGAAGUUUGAAAAUAAUUUUAAUCAGAAAAUCCUGUAAGUAAUACCUGGCCCCAAAAAAACUGGAGGAGAUAGCCUGAAGUCAUCCAGUAAAAUGUUGGAUAAGUUAGCCUUUUGUCCCUCCUCUUUCAUUUUUGUUUUGUAGAAGAUGUCUCAUUGAUACUCUUUAUUAAUUCUCAUUAGAGAAGGGACGCAAUGGACUCUCAAAGUUCGCAUAACCUUAAACAGCUCCCCUGUACGGUAACAAAGUUUUAAUCCCAGAAUAGACCAACUGAUUCAAUGAAGUUUAAAAAGUGGAGAACUUGCUAAUCUAUUGUAUUGAGAUUAUUUAUCAUAUAACUAGACUAUAUACAUGCUCCAUUUGGUUGUGUUUUCUGCUUUAGGGUUUCAUAUUUGUCCAAGUUUUCCUCCAGCAUUCUUGCAUGAUUAGUUCCUUGCAUUGCAUUCGAUUUUUAAAAAGCUGUCUGUGACCUUUCUUUAUGUUUGCCCUUUCUCUACUUCAUAGAAAAGUAAUGCAUGCCAAUAUUCAUGCUGUAGGAGAGCUGGAGAAAAUGCACUUCAAUUGUUUUCCGAAAUUGGGAGAGAUUAAAGUUUGUGAAUUAAAGCAGGUAAGGAGAAAUAAUUGCUUCUACCACUUGCUGGAGUCACUGCCUAUAAAGUAUGCUUUUCAGGGGCUCAAAGGAAAUUGGUUUCUUCAUGUGGAAAUAAGGUCUUCAAAUAGCUUUCGUAAUCAACACUUACCCCAGUGUCUAGCUGCAAAGGAUGACCAUAUUUCUGAUGGUAGCAAUGCUAUUGGCUCUCUCGUUACAAACACCAGAAAAAAUGACAUGACACCAAAUGGUAAUAACAAGAGGAUAGAAGGUUUACUUGGCAUCAAAUCACCUGCAGAACUUCCUAAAACUGCCCCUUGUUUUGAUAAAAGAAGUAAGGAAAAGAAGAGACUGGCUGAAAUCGACAGGGAAUUUGAUAGAAGUAAAAAAUCCCCAAAACUUGCUGCCAGAGAGUGCUCUGGUUUGCUGACACCUGGAAAUGAAGUUAAGCCUGCAACAGAAGAACUUUCAAAAAAUGCUCCUUAUUUCAAGAAAACGAGCAAGGAAAAGAAGAGACUGGCUGACAUCAACAAAGAACUUGACAGAAGUAAAAAAGCUCUAAAUGUUGUUGACAAAGUGUCUUCUGGUUUGUUGACACCUAGAAACAAAGUUGAGCAUGCAACAAUAACCGGAGCGCUUCCAAAAAUUGUCGCUUGUUUCAAGAAAAAGAGCAAGGACAAGAAGAGAAUGGCUGGCCUCAAUAAGGAAUUUGAUAGAAGAAAAAAAGCUCCAAAUCUUGCUGCCAAAGUGUGCUCUGGUUUACUGACACCUAUAAAUCAAGUUAAGCCUGCAACCUUUUCCUGCCCAAUGGUGGAGACUCCCACAGAGAGCCCACAAGAAGUAAUAUUUGCUAAAAUUAAUGAUUUCUCAAAUAUGCAAGUUUAUACCUUACCACAGGUUGACAUCAGAAGGCCCCCAAGAACACUGGCUUCUCCAUUGCCAACAGAUCUUCGACCUGGAAGUUCAGGGAAUAAGCUAAAAACAACUUCUGCAGUUGGGAAACGCAUGAUGACAGCUGCAAAUAAGCUCAAAAUUUCUGCCAAUAAACAAAGACCAGCGCUUUCUUUCUAUAGAUUCAGAGCUCCCUCCAGGGCUUCAUUUGUGGUCAGGAGAUCAAUCUUUGAUAUCAGUGACAGUGAUGAAUGAUGAAAUUUAAAGGUACCACACCAGUCAGAUGGGUUGUCCAUGCAUUCAAAUGCCAUGCAUGUCAAAUGCACGCUGCGUGUUGCUCAUGCUUACAAAUUUAUGCAUUCAUUUUCAUUGAUCGCUCUAGCAACCUGAAAUUGCAGGCUUCUUUCUGAAAUGUAAAUUGGGUCAACCUGAACUCAUUCUGAGAUGAAUGGUGAAUACCCUUGGAAAUGAUCAGAAUCAUCAGAAUUUAAUGCGCUUUCUGGGUUUUUGGGAUUACAGCUAAUCAUCUUUGUUUCUGGACUUCUAGACAAAGACUUGGGAAGCAAGUGUUAUAGGUAAUGUGCUGCUACUGAUGCUGAACUGCCAUCGCUAUUUUUGCUUGAAUGGGGGUUAUUUGUAAAGGUCCAGUCCAAGAGUUUUUCAGCUUCCUAUUUUGCAGACUAGAAGGGGUCAUUGAAUCGACCAAUUUUGCUGAUAAGAGCCUGCCUGUAACUGCAGUCUUACAAGCUGAGAAGAGGUGCAAGAUCGCGCUGCUAAGUAGAAUUCAGUGCUGGUCAGGUUCCUGCACAAAUUUUGUAUUUGUGUGUUGAGGCCAUAUGCCAUUUGAAAAUAACAUCACCGUAUAUGUGAAAAUUGAUGAGCAUGUUUAUUCUCUUAUUUCGAGUAUCCAAGUAGCUGCCUAAUGAUUCGUUUCCAUGAACUCGGUGGAUGGUCUUUGCCUGUUGGCAGUCUAAGAGCUUUUGGGAAUGCUGGAUGGCUGCAUUCAAAUCA